GUCAUGUCUAGCAUUUCCAUUAAUCAUAAGAUUAAUGUUGAGUUCUUCCUUAUUUUAUCAGUUUGUCCCCAGUGAAAGGGUUAGAAUGGAGCUAAAUGAUGUUGAUGUACUCUCAAUAGAGACAGUAGAUGAGAUAGUAAAUGAAUUCCUCAAGGAUGUUAAGGAUGACAUGUUACAUGACAAAGGCUGGCCAACUCAGACAUCUGCAUAUACAAUCUCCAAAGCAGCCAUGAAUGCUUACACAAGGAUUGUUGCCAAAUCAUACCCAAGUCUCCUCAUAAAUUGUGUUUGUCCUGGUUUCGUCAAAACCGAUAUGACUUCCAACACUGGUCUCUUCACUGUUGCAGUGGGUGCCAAAGGCCCUGUUAUGUUGGCUUUGCUUCCAGAGGGAGGACCUUCUGGCCUCUUUUUGGAAAAGAUGGAGGCAUCAACCUUUUGAUCAUAAGUCAGUUACAGGAAUGAGUUGGUUUCCGGCUUUAUGUAUUUCCUAUGGUUGUAUUUGUAAGGUUAUCCAACUUUUCCUAUUGCUUUGCUGAGACAACGGGGUAAUGAAUGUGAAGC